GCUUACGUUGGCCAAUCAACGGCGUAUGCUCUUCUCAUUGGCUAAAGCACGGCUGUCAAUCAAACAGCCCGAGGCUCGUUUAUGUGUGACCGCGUCAGUGUCGUCCAGGAGGUCCUGGAGGGAAACUGCUCUCCGGGAAGACACGUUAGGAUGAGAAAGAAACAGACCGUCAAACAGAGGAAGGCUGAGGAGUCCACGGUGGUCCAGGAAUUCGUGGUGGAGAAAAUCCUAAGGCGCAGGGUCUCCAAUGGGAGGGUGGAAUACUUCCUCAAAUGGAAAGGCUUCACGGAUGCUGACAACACCUGGGAACCGGAGGACAACUUGGACUGUCCCGAGCUCAUCGAGGAGUUUCUGAAGAACCUCCACCUGUCUGGGGAGAAUGGGGAAGGGGUCACUGAGCUGCAGGAUUCGGAGUUCACGCCCAAGGAGGAAUUGGCUGAGCAGGAGGCAGAAAUUUCCCCGCAGCAGCACUACGCCGAGCAGAGAGAUGGGAACUUUGGGGAACCGGAGAGCCCCACGGACCUCAGCGGCUACCUCGAGCCCGAGUACAUCAUCGGCUCCACAGACAGGCAGGGAGAACUCAUGUUCCUCGUCAAAUGGAAGAACUCCGAGGACGUGUCUCUGCUAUCGGCCCGUGAGGCCAGCGCCAGGUGUCCCCAGGUGGUCGUCAACUUCUACGAGCAGAAGCUAACUUGGCACUGUGGCGACGAGGAGCCAUGAGGCGUGUGUGUGUGUGUGUGUGAGAGAGAAGAGAGAGAGCGAGAUUGUCGGUGUGUGUUUGUGUGUAUUAGGAGUAUGUGUGCGUGUGUAUACGGAGCUAAGAACGGAGGCGAACCGAUAAAGUUCAGUGUUCGACCCUCGGCUUCAGUUUACCCUCCAUCGAGUGUCCGCUGACGUCGGAGGUGCGGUAUGUGGAAUUGCAUCCCGCUGCAGGGGCGGUUAAGAGUCUCUGGCAGGAGCCUCAGUGGGGAUGACGUCUUUAUUUUUUUCUCCUUCCUUCCUUCCUUCCUUUCUCUCUCAAUCGUGUGGCGCUCAAUAAGGUCACUGUGCCUUUGCAGGCGACUUGAUGGAUGGCGACGCUAACCUCUUCUGAGCACUUGAUAGAGUUAAAACUCACUUGUAGCAGCUUUGGUUUAGCGUCAUCGUGUAGCAGACACAAUCACUGUGGACCCGUGUUGUUGUUGUUGUUGUUGUUGUUGUUUUUUUCCCAGACUUACUGUGACGGUAGAUGAAACUGAUAGUCCUGUCAUGACUCUGUAUGCAGAUGACUACUGCCCAAACCAUACCUCCAAUCCAGCCUACCCGUUCGUUUCCAGCAUAUGAUUGUAGAUCUGUUGUUCUGAAAAUGUGUUUGAACUCGUGUCGUGUGCAGCGUUUAUUAACAAACCUUCAACUGUGUCCCAUUGUGUUACUGUGAGCAUCGAUUCUUUGAACAUCUCGCCCAGAUCUUGUUCUGCACUCCCAACUGCUCUUUGCCGCAUUUCUUUAUUCUGUUUUAGGUGUUCGUAAAUGGUAAUCUUGAUAGAUCGGGUUUCAGUUUCAAAAUGACUACAGUAUUGAGUCACGUCCCAGAAGCGAUGCUUUGUUUAAAACUCCUCAUCAAGGCUCAGUAUUUCUGUAGUAAACCUGUUCAGAUUGAUGCAAAAGAAACGAAUCGACUGAGAUUUGUGGAAACUGUACUCUUCCUGUACGUAUAGCGGCUAACACGAGAUUGUUAAUUGUAGCACUUUAGAUACGAGACUGCCCGGUUUGGUUCGGGACGUCGUCUUCCAGUAAGUAGUGUACUCGCGCCGGUGUCUGGUGCCUGAAAUGAACCCUGACGGGGUUUUCGUCCUGACUUGACAGAAUCUCCCAUGAACAGACCGUCGUGGGACAAUCAUUUGAACCUUAGCCGUCUGAAAACACGCCUGCUACUGAGUAACUGAAUGACCAUGGAUCUGUGAAGUGUGUGAAUAAAGGAAACAUCCUGUGA